UGGGCAAUACCAGCGAAGGCGCGCAACGCCGCAGUGUCAAACGGCAAGCUUGAGUGGUUCGGAAAAAAUUGUGCGUGCUGCUAUCAUUGCCACUUUAUCAGCUUCAUUUAGUCGAAUUUCACGUGAAUUUCAUGAGAAUGAGUGGAAGACCACCGCCUCGGAUUGAUGGGAUGGUGUCGCUGAAGGUUGACAACUUAACCUAUCGCACCACUCCCGAAGAUUUGCGGCGUGUUUUCGAGCGGUGCGGAGAAGUGGGAGAUAUUUACAUCCCACGCGACCGCUUCACCAGGGAGAGCCGUGGCUUCGCCUUCGUCCGCUUCUACGACAAGCGCGACGCCGAGGACGCGCUGGAGGCGAUGGACGGCAGGAUUCUCGACGGCAGGGAGCUUCGUGUCCAGAUGGCGCGCUACGGUCGCCCCACGAGCCCCCACAGGCGUUCCGGACGGAGCGAUCGUCGUCGCAGGUCCCGAUCUCGCUCUCGCGAUCGUCGUCGCUCGCGCUCCAGGAGCCGCUCCAGGGGCAGGCGAUCGUACUCGCGCUCGCGCUCACGAUCACGAUCGGACAGCAAGUCGUCACGCGGCAGGCGUGACUCGCGCUCACGCAGUCCCGUGCACGCGCGCUCCAAGUCCAUCAGCCGGAGCCGCAGCAUGUCGCGCAGCAACAGCCGCGAUUGAGGGAAGGAUCGCGCGGGGAAGAGGGCGAGGAGAUGAACUCUGGCUGGCGAUUUUAACGAGCAUCUCGCCAAACACACAUUUUGAUGAUCAUUUGCAACCUGUCUCACCACACAACCUCCCCCGAUCGCCGCAAGACGAGAUAUUACAGAGAAGAGAGUGAAUGUCCGAAAAAGUGGGAAAAAUGUCAGAGAUGAGCAAAAGGCCAUCAGUUCCGGCGACGCCGGUGUAGCCGCGAGAGAGAGAGCAUUGAGAUGAGAAGGGAGAUUUGAAAGAGAGAAAGUGCGGGCGAGUUGCUGUGUUUGCGGGGUUGCCGAGUGUGCUGCAAACAGCCUUGCGGGUGCUGAUUGCUGAGUCCGCGGAUCCUGUUUUCAAAGAUCUCGCUGCCUUCGUGGCCCUGUGUUGCUGUUGUCAUCAACAGACAGGGGACAGAGAGACAGAGAGCUGAGAGAGAGAGAGAGUGACACGGAAUAUGAGUAAUGGCUUUUAACACACUCUCUUUGAAAGAAAUCCCAUGAUCCAGAUAUGAUAUGGCCAAGAAAAAGGUGAAAAAAAUUGACAUCGAAAAGUCUCCAAAUAAUUUUGAAGACUCUUCGAUAUUCUCCGGUUGAGGUUUUUCCCAAAUUUCUUUUAUUUGGGAAAAGAAAAGAAAAAAACACCUUUUUCCCGCGCAUGAACUCAAGCAAAAUGAUAUCCGCGACUCGCACAAAGUAGAUAAAAUUGGGAGAAGAUAGAAAUAAUCCACAUAUACACACAAUCUUCUAAAAUUACCAUCCAAUUAAUGAGUUCUAUUUCAGAAUCAUCCAUCAUUCUAUUUGAGAGUGCGUGAGGCUCUGUCCGCAACUCAGGCGUCAGAAAUAAAGAUC